ACUUAGAAAGAAAAUCAACCGAACUCUGUUCUCCUCCAGUCUUAUCUCUCUCUCUCUCUCUCUCUCUCUCUCUCUCCCUCUCUCUCUCCGUGAUAAAUCUGGAGUUUCUCGCAGAGGCAAAUGAGGACACCGAAACCCUAGAAAAAUUCCAACUUCAAUUCAUUUCCUUUCAAUCCUAUUGAAAUUACUAUUAGAUUCUGUCUUUCUCACACCGCGAACACUUUCUCCUCCUCAUGUUCUUUUCAUACAUCUAUCUAUAUAUCUACUUAUUCAGGACUUGACAUCAGCAAUCGUUAUUUUUAGGGAUAAAUUUUAGUCGUAUAGUCAUAGUGGUUUGAAAUUUGGGUGAAUGUGAUGCGGUUUGACUGUUUUUCUCUAAUGGUUGGUUUGAUGUUUCUGAAAUUAGGGUUUCAUAUUUCCGCUGCAGAAAAAGGACUAUUGUGCUGUGAUAUUUAAUUAGUUAUUGAGAGCAUUUUUGCUGAAUUUGUGAACUAGAACAAUGUCGUCACCAUAUCCUAUUCUUGACAACCGACCAAUUAAUAAGUGGAAAGUAGCAGAGUUGAAGGAAGAGCUUAAGAGACGAAAUUUGACGACAAAGGGGUUGAAGGAUGAUUUGGUAAGACGGUUGGAUGAAGCAAUUUGCAAUGAAAGUGGAAAUUUUAAGGCAGAAGUGAGCAAAGAUUUUGUGUACGAACCUGAACCCAUGUCAAAAAAUUUAGGUGUGCAAUUGCACCCUAGUGACACUGAAAUGGGUGAAGAUCAUCAGAAUCCUGCUGGAAACACAACUAGUGAAGUAGAGGAUGAUGUGGCUGGGGUUGACGAUGAUGAUGUUCCUGCUGACUUAGAUCAGGGAAAAGUUUUAGAGAUGGUAGCAACAGAAGGUACUAAUUCUGUUCUGAUGGUUGGGGAACCAGCACUUGUAGAGGCUUCUAUGGAAAUAAGUAGCACUGUAGAAGAGUUUGCUGCAACCCAGAUUUCUACCAGUGAGGGAGCACUUGAAAACAACAAAAUCAGGAUGGACAAUGAGAUUUUGAAAUCUCCCCAGAAGGAUACUGUCUUGGUUGGUGAACCAGGAGUAUUGGAGGCUACUUUAGAAAGCAAUAGCAUUGCCAAAGAUAUUGUGGUAAGCCAGAUUGCGUCCGAUGUGAAAACGUUUGAGAAUGAAAAAAUCAGGAUGGACAAUGAGGGCUUGCAGUCUUCCCUGGUGGGUACCUUUCCGGUUGGGGAAUCAGCAGUUUCAGAGGCGUCUGUGGAAGCCAGUAGCACAGCUGAUCAUAUUACAGCAAUGCAGAUUGCAUAUAGUGACAAAGUUCCGGAAAUUGACGAAUUUAUUUCGGAGGAAGAGGGUUCAAAGCCUUUGCAGACGGAUGCAGCACAUGAUGUCCCCGAUUGCAGCAACCAGGUAUAUGAGGUCAGCCCUAGUUUAGGGUUUCAAGUAAAGUCUGAGUCUAUUCUUAAUGAUACUAUGUCUAAUUAUGAAACGAAAGAACUAAAGGGUAAUUUAAAUGCUGAUAAUGUCCAUUUAGAACUGGAAGUCGUUAAGCCGGAGAUGGUGCAACCAUCAUCUGGCGAAGUCCCUCCAAAUGAUGGCAUCUUACAUCCAUUGGAUGCUCAGAUGCCGCAUAGAAACCUGGGUUUUUGUGAAGAAACCGAUGAUGCCAAACCUGUACAUGUGGAUUUUAGCCACAAAAAUGAUAGUGCAAAUCAUUAUUCAGUUGAUGUUUCUGUCAUGGAAGAUGAUUUGGAGAAUAAGGCUUUCAACCUAGUGGGGGGUAAUAGUGAGCUAACUGAAGUGCCCAUUGCAAAAAAUGGAAGUCCUGGUGAUGCUGUUAAACCCGAUUUGUCCCCUGGCAAGAUGGAAACAUCUGCCGAAGAGAAAUUUGGCAUUGCUGCUUCCUCUGAGGAAAGAAAAUUACAAGAUUGUCGCGAUACAGAUUUUAGUAAAAGCGCUACUGUUGCAGAUGGGGAGCAAAUGGAGAAAAUAAAUUUAGAUCAAUCUUCAGGUGAUGAUUCAAUAGAGGAGGAUGUAAUGGAGACGAGGCAUGUUGACUCUGAUCAUAAUUCCGACAAAGGGGGGGAAAGGACUGGGCUAAUUGAAGCGCCUCGUGUACAAGUGGUUGAUAGUGUUGAUGCUGUACAGCCUGAAUUGGCUUCUGACAAAUUGAAACAUUCUCCUGAAAACAAAGAAAAUGUUGCUGAUUUUUCUGAGAAAAGAAAGUUCCAAGAUGGAGCAGCAGUUGGGAAUAAAGAACCUCCAAAGAGGCAACGUAAGUGGAAUUCUGAAAGCCUUAAAAUUCCUGAACCGCAAGACUCUAGUGCUUCACUUUCUACACCUACAAAGGAUUUGAUUUCCAAUGCUGGACUGAAACGCAGCAUCUCUAGGUCAAGCUCAACACUUGGUGCAGAUGCACCCAAGGAACGUGUUGUACCACCAUCCCCAAAGACGCCAACAAAUUCUAUUAGAAUCAAUAACUUUUUGCGUCCCUUUACACUGAAAGCUGUGCAAGAUCUCCUAUCCAAAACUGGUAAUGUCUGCAGCUUCUGGAUGGACCACAUCAAGACCCAUUGCUAUGUCACGUAUUCUUCAGUAGAAGAAGCUAUAGAGUCUCGAAAUGCUGUUUACAACCUACAAUGGCCUCCAAAUGGAGGGCGUCUCCUGGUUGCAGAGUUUGUUGAUCCCCAGGAAGUGAAAUUGCGGUUGGAGGCUCCUCCUCAAUCUGCAGCUGCACCAGUUGUCACUAGUCCAACUGCUCCUCCUCCUCCUCAACCUCCUCUUCAGCUGCUUCCCUCUGCUAGCCAGCCGAGCAUUGGGCAGCCCCUCCCGCCCCAAGGUGCACUCCCACCGGCGCCACCCACUUCUGGCCAACCUGCUAGGGAAAAGCGGCCCCUGCCACUAUCUCCAUCACUUCCCGAGAAAAUAGAGCCACCAAUCGUCACAUUGGAUGACCUAUUUAGGAAAACAAGAGCUACCCCUCGAAUCUAUUACCUCCCCUUGACUGAAGAACAAGUUGCUGCAAAGCUGGCCAAGCAGAGAAAGGACAAGCAGUAAUAUAUAUGGAUAUAUUCUAAUGAUGGUGUUUACAAUGAAGAUUGAAUAAGAUUUCCACUAUAUGAAAUGGUGAGAGGCUGUUUACAGUUCGUCUUUAGAUGUCUGUUAGUAGUAGUUCAGUUCAGGCUGAUAACCCCAACUUUCUGCAGUUGGGUUUGGAAUUGUUUGAGUUUGUUUAGGUCUGACCAAGUUUUAUAUUGGACUUUUAGUUAUAUCUGUAGAUUUCUUGUGUGUUUAAUUCAUGGAACUUAAUCGGUGGAACUAUGUGGUUAUAGGGUUCUGGAUUUUCUGUUAAUUAGGAUCCGUGUUCAAACCCUUGUGAUAUAUUCUGUUUCCUCCUACAGUUGGAAUAGAAUAGUUGGUAUUGUUUGCUUCAG